UAGUAAACUCUCUCUCCCUCCGUACAUAAGUAUAAUACGAGCAUUGAAUAACAUACAGACGCUGUCCGAACAUGAAGAUUCAUCUACUUCUCCUUCUGUCCCUCGGAUGCGUUGCUGCUCAUGCACAGUCCCAAGAAGGGUUCUUGACGUUGAUAUGUGGUAUGACGCCAGAGAACUACACUUACACAGAUCCAACGACGAAUGUAACAGUGAUUUCAGACGCUGCGUUCAUCGACAGCGGAGAGAGCAGGACGACCACUCAGGCGACGUUUCUCAGAAGCUUUCCACGAGGAAGACGGAACUGUUACGAUCUGGAUGUCACGAGAGGAAGGAAGUACAUGGUCGGGGCAAAGUUUCUGUACGGAAACUACGACAACCGGAACGAGAAGCCGACAUUCGAUCUGCACAUCGGACCAAACAAAUGGGAUACUGUGGAUAUGGAAGAAACAGGAGUUAGUGUUGCCCGGAGUAAACAGAUCGUUCAUGUCUCGACAUCGAACGUUCUGCAAGUAUGCCUUGUUAAGACAGGAACCACUACGCCAUUCAUCUCGUCCUUGCAGCUACGACCGCUAAGCAACGAUGUUUACGACACCGACAGCCCCAACGUGUCUUUGGUGACCUUAAACCGGUUUCAUUUCGGCAACAAUCUCAUAAGGUUCCCUAAUGAUAGAUUUGAUCGUGUUUGGUCACCACUAUUACCUCCAAGUAUCUGGAAUGUUUUGAAAACAACACAUAACGUCAACACUUCUGGAAUGUACAACCCACCAGAAGUGGUGAUGCAAACAGCCGCAACACCUAAGAAUGCGAGUCUCAAAUUCGGUGUUUUUUUAAGGCUCGCCGAUCCAACUCAGGAGUUUCGAGUUUAUAUGUAUUUCGCUGAAAUCGAAGAGCUAAAACCCGACGAGACAAGAGAAUUCGACAUCGAAUUGAACGGAUUUCAUUUCUAUGGACCGAUAAGGCUAGAGAAGUUUCAUGCUCAGACAAUAAACUUAACAGUGUCUCAACGUUAUUGUAAGGAUGGUUACUGUGAGUUGGUACUGAGGAAAACCUCCACCUCUACCCGCCUACCCAUUCUCAAUGCUUUUGAGGUUUACUCUCUCGUGAAGUUCCUACAGCCAGAAACGGACCAAAACGAAGUUGAAACCAUGAAGAGGAUAAAGAAAACUUAUGGACUGAGAAUGGAGAGUUGGGAAGGGGACCCUUGUUCACCUCUUCAACUCAUGUGGGAUGGUCUCAGUUGUACCUCCCAACAGCCUCCGUCAAUCACUUCCUUGAAUUUAUCCUCAAGCGGCCUCGAGGGAACAAUAUCUCCGUGGAUUCAGAACCUGACACGACUGAAAGAACUGGACUUGUCAAACAACACUCUAAGAGGAGGAAUCCCCGAGUUUCUCGCUUCAAUGGCAUCGUUGUCUAUCAUAGACUUGAGAAAUAACAAGCUUAGUGGUUCAGUUCCUCGGUCCCUCCUCAUUAAAGCAAGGAACGGGUCAUUGUCACUACUAAUCCAAGGGAACCCGGAUAUCUACUGUCGGUCGGAUGUGUGCAAGGACCGACAUCUUCAGAACAAAUCCGAGGCGCGAAGAAUUACUAUACCAACAGUGGCAUCGGUUGCUUCAGUGUUUGUUUUGUCAGUUGCUUUGGCAAUCUUUAUCAUCUACAGAAAGAGAUCAUCUAUCAGAAAAGGUGCAAGACCAACGACGGAAAUAAUUCAGACGCAACGGAGAUUCACUCGUUCCGAUGUCCUAAAGAUGACAAACAACUUGGAAAAACUUCUUGGAAGAGGAAGAUUCGGUGUUCUUUAUCAAGGCUUUCUGAACGAAACCGAACAAGUUGCGGUGGAAAUUCUUUCAGAUCCGACAUCUCUUGAUCUAAAGCAAUUUAACGAAGAGGUUGAGCUUCUUCUGAGGAUCCACCACAAGAAUCUCGUUCACCUUGUCGGUUACUCCAACGAAGGAGACGACUUGGCUCUCAUCUACGAGCACAUGGCUAAUGGGGACUUGAAACAUUAUUUGUCGGGAGAAGAUGAAGGUGAAACCUUGAGCUGGGUGAGCAGGCUGAAAAUAGCAAUGCAAGCAGCAGAAGGAUUGUUGUAUCUGCACAAAGGAUGUGAUCCACCAAUGGUUCAUGGAGACAUAAAGACUUCAAACAUUGUCUUAGGCGAACAUUUCCAGGCUAAAGUUGCAAACUUUGGACUUGCAACAUCUCGUGGAACUCAAACCGAAAGUCUUACCUCGUCUCAUCUUGCUGGGACACCCGGUUACAUCGACCCCGAGUAUCAGAAGACAAGUUGGUUAACUGAUAAGAGCGAUGUGUAUAGUUUUGGAGUUGUUCUUCUAGAGAUGCUCACAAACCAACCGGUUCUCGACCAAACCAGAGAGGGGGAACAUAUUAGCGAGUGGAUCCAACGCAUGCUAGAGAAGAAAGCGGACAUUGCAGAGAUUGUGGAUCCGAGGUUGCAAGGAGAGUAUAGAAGUAGUUCUGUCUGGAAAGCACUCGAGUUGGCGACAGCUUGUGUGAGCCUAUCCUGCAACAACAGGCCGAGCAUGUUACAUGUGGUGGCCCAACUAAGUCAGUGUUUGGCCGUCGAAACAUGGACAGGUCGUGAGGGUCAAGCCUUCGGAUCAAACAGUGGCCCUUUAUCUACGAGCUUGACCAUCCCCAGAUGAGUUGCACUAUAUGUAUACUAUGCUUGACAAUUUGUAUUUACCAAAACGGACUCAUUUGAUGUCAGAUGCUAGAGAUUCGAUGCCUCUAAUGCAUCGAUCACAACGAAAACAUCGCAAAAGUUUCCAUUAUCAACUCAAGAACAAUACCAUUUUACAACCUGUUUAA